CAAACAAAAAAAAGAUUUCAGCUUUGAUAAUCAUACACACAGAGAGAAGAACACUUACAGAAAUUCUCUGCUUUUUUGGGUUGGUGGCUUGAUUUUGCACUGAAAAAUCUCUUCAUUUGGAUCGUGUGGAACCGUUUGGCUGGAGUUUGUUGCAUUUCUUCAUAUCUGGUGUUGUGUUGUUUACUUUCUAUCGUGAUAUAAUAAUAAUAACAAUAAAUUUCGGAUUUUGGAUCAAUUAACCUUGCCAAAACCAUGAUACCUGUAUGCAGAAGCAUGGACUCAACCUACCCAUAUCAGAGAAACCAAAGUCCAUAUCCUCCUUUUUACUAUCCUGGAUUUGAGCCUAAUCUCCCUCAAAUGAAUAUGAAUCCACCUAAAUCACCUUUUCCCUAUGAACAUCCUUGGAGCCAUGGUGGUUGUUGUGGACACUACCCUAACCCAACGAAUUUUUGCUGUGCUCACAACAACAAUUUCCAUGGCUACUAUAACUAUAGGCCACAACAUUAUCAUCAUCAUCAUGCUCCAUUUCCAUCUCCACCAAUGUACUAUUCUGGUGGUUAUCAGGAACCAUUCUUUGUUCCUUAUGCACCACAACCACAUUACACUAUGGAGCUUCCUAGAUAUGAUUAUGAGAAGCAUAUGUCGGGAGACUAUCAUUGUUGCGGCUGUCCAAAUCAUCCAUGCCAUCAGAAGGAAGAGCAGAGUGUGAAGAUUGAGGAGGAAGAGGCUGAUAAUAAUGCUGGAAACAAAGUGAAUCAUGAUGAAGCUUUGGCGCCAAUUCAGACAAGGAAUUAUCCUUAUCCAUAUCCAAUUGUUUGGAUUCCACCGGAGUAUACAAGAACAAGAAACAAAGAAGCGAAAAGUGGUUCUAUAGCUGAGGCGAAGGGUGAGCAGGAUCAGAUAUCUCAUGAUAGGAAGCCUUCUAGUCCAAUGAAUUUUCAGGAACCCAGAAUUUGGAAUGGAUGGUUACCGUUUGAUAUGAAUCACACGCCAAAUAAGGUUCUUGAAGGGGAUGGAAGAAGAAACAAGAACUUGGAAAGUGAGAGUAAUAAAAGGGUCUGUGAUGAUGGAAAAGGAAUGAACAACAAAAACCAAAGUGAAAACCAGAGAUCAGAAUUCCCAUUUCCUAUCUUUUGGAUGCCUUACUACAAUAAGCAAGAGGAAGCUGGAAACGAAAACAAUCAAGAGACCCAUUCAAGUCCAAAAGGCAUCGAAGAGGCGCCGCAUACUUUCAAGUCCGUUCCGGUAAAUUCUAAAGCUGAUGAAGUUGUUAGAAAUGGAACCAUGUCAAAUCCAGUUGAAUCCAUAGACAAAAGUGGUUCAGAUGAAACAAAGGAUGUUACUAAUGAAAAGAUAAUCCCAGUUAAAGAGGUAGAAUUGCAUCAAGGGAGAAACAAUUCAAAUGAAAAUGUCAAGAGAGAAAGGAUUAUUCCUGUGAAACAGAUUGAGGAGAAUGUGGCAAAGAAAGAGUCUCAUGCUGGCAUGGAAAAACAAUCAGCAUCUCCACGGAAAAAUGGCAAGUUACCUCCUGUUUGUUUGAGGGUUGAUCCACUACCGAGGAAGAAGAAUGGCAAAAGCAGCAAUGGGAGCUCAAGGUCUCCAAGUCCUCCUGCCUCAAAAGAGCAUUCAAAAGCAGUAAGCGAAGCACCAUCCGAAGCUCAAUCAGCUGGUGUGAGUGACAAGGUUCAGCUAUAUUCUGAUGUCAAGAGUGUUCCAAACAUCAGUGAAGAAGUUAAGCCGAAAGAGCAAAAUGUUCCAGUGGGCGAAGGCAAGAGCAAUGAGAAGCCACAGCCAGAUUCAAGCCUUCUGACUGUCCCAGAUGUCAGCAAGGAAGUUCAACCAAAAGAGGAAACCAUUCAGGUGACUGAAAAUAAGACCAAUAGAGACAAGGGUGCGGAUGAGAAUCGUUCAAUUGGAGAUACUGAAGAAAAGAAGGCACAAAAUGGAGCAGAGAACAUCAUGGAAGAAGCUAGUAAGCCGAAUGAAGCAAAGGACUCGAGCAAACCAACUGGCAAAGGUGGAAAUGAGAGAAAGGCUUUAUCAGAUGUUGAUGCAGCCAUUUUAAUUCAAGCUGUGUAUCGCGGUUACCAAGUGAGGAGAUCAGAGCCAUUGAAGAAAUUGAAGCAGAUAGCCGAAGUCAGUAAGGAGUUGACUAAUGUCAAAGCAGGAACGCUUGGAGAGAAUAUAAUGAGGCUCUUGCUGAAGUUGGAUACUAUUCAGGGCUUGCAUCCAAGUUUCAGGGAAACAAGAAAAUCUCUGGCAAGAGAGCUUACAUGCUUGCAAGAAAUGCUUGAUUCUGUAAUGGCCAAGAGAUCUCAACAGCAGACGAAUGAGUUCAUAGACGAGAAGCCUGUUGAAGACAUUUCGGAGGAUUUACAGAAUGAAGAACAUGUGAAGGAUCAAGAAGAAGAAAAAGCUGCAGUAGCAAGAGAGGAUUCUUCUGUGGGAAUUCAUGAUGAUAUGACGGGAAAAGAUAGAAUUGAAUUUCAGCCACCACUUGAUCCGGCAUUGAAUGUGGCAGCAGAACCUAAUGUAGCACCAAAUGAAGCAGUUGAUGAAUGUAACCAUCCAAGCGAUCUUUCUGUGGAAUUUGAAGCAAGAUCAGAGGUUGGCAACACUCCCACAGGGAUUGAGAAUUCAGAUACAAAUGCUUUGCAAGAAUUACCUGUGGGAGUCAUAGACGAGGAUGGUGCUGACUGUAGUUCCAAGAAUGAAGAACAAAAUGAGAAAGCAAAAGUAGAUUCAUCAGGCAUCUAUGGACUAGAAGAGUUGCCGGUGGGCGUGCUCGAUGAAAAUCCAGCUGAACUCGUGAAGGAUGAUGGGGAAACAAAGCUUGGAGAUGUGGAAUCUAUUCUUGAGCUGCCGGUGGGGGUGCUUGAUGAGGAUAAUGCUGCAUCUGAAUUCAACAAGGAUGAUGGAACAAAAUUUUCAAAGCGGGAACUGAAUCAUGAAGAGGAAGUGGAAGCCAUUGUGGAACUACCAGUUGGGUUGCUUGAUGAGGAUACAGCAGCAUCUGAAUCUAAGGAGAAUGAUGAUGGAACUAAAAUUUCCAAGGCUCAACAACAACAACAUGAAGAGUUGGAACAGUUGGAACCUAUUGUGGAGCUUCCGGUGGAAUUGCUUGAUGAAGAAGAAACGAUAGAGUUUGAAUCUGGGAAGCAUGAUACAGAUAUGGAACAUAUAACGGAGCUUCCUGUAGGGUUGCUUGAUGAAGAAGAAAAAAUAAAGUCCGAACCUGUGAAGUGUGAUGCCCCUGAAAAAGUUCCACCUGCCAUAGAAGAGCAAUGUAGUGUUGCUGCUAAAGACACUCAACUGGAGCCUGAACAGCAGAUGGAAGAGCAGGAAGAGGUUCAAUCUUCUGAGGAAUCAUCAGAUGGGUGGGUGAAGGUUGAAUGCUCGAAAGACGAGGAACUUAAAGGUGAUGCACAGCGAGAUAUAGAUAUAGCAGUCGAAUAUGAAGAGGAAACGGGAAAUGAAGCUGAAUUGCCAACCAUGGAGUCUGCGAAAAGGGCUGCAGAACUUGUUAGUGACUCGUACAUGGAAGAGGAGUACAAAAAGAAGUUAACACAGCUUGAGGAACAAACUGAGAGUGAAGAGAAGCUUGCUGCACAAGUACCCAGCGUUAACAAUGAAGACACAGCAUUAUCAAAAGAGGCAGAUCAGGUUGCUGAACAUAAUGGAAAACUCAAGAAUGGUGAUGCUGAAUUAUUGGAAGAAAAUGAGAAGCUGAGAAAUAUGAUGAACAGGUUGCUUGAUGCCGGGAAUGAACAAUUGAAAGUGAUAUCAGAUUUGACAGAAAGGGUUAAGGAUUUGGAGAAGAGAUUGGCAAGGAGCAAGAAGAGAAUGAGGACUAAGAGGUUCAAACCAGCGUCAUCAUUGUCCAACAUUAGUUCAAAAAAUGAUCUAUUACAACAUAGAGCUAUUGAUGUUGCAAUGUAAAACUAUUUUGGUUUAAAAGGGUGUUAUGUGUUGUAAACUUGUAAUUCUGAGGUUUUGGUAUGGUAUGAGAGAUUGGAUCCUUUGUACAUUGUAAUGUGUCAAUUUCACUUGGUGUUAGAUAUAUGAAACAUUAAGUGCUAAACUUUUCGCUGCU